AUGAAAUUCAUUACUUCAAUUGCUUUAACUGUUUUUGCUGCUUUAACUUCUGCUGCUGCUAUUGAAAAAAGAGAAGCCGGUGGUCAUGAUGAUUACAGACCAACAAGAACUUAUGAUAACAAUUAUGAUGGAGGUUAUAUUACUACAUUCCCAGAUGCUUUUGCUUUAGCUGUUAAGGAAUAUUGUGAUGAUGAUAAAGAUUAUGGUAAACAUAAAGGUUAUGAUACUGAUUUAGAUUUAGUUUAUGAAAUUGAUGAUGGUCAAUUGAUUUAUGAUGAUUGUCAUAAAUACAGACCUUUCUAUGAUACUGAUACUGAUUGUGAAACAGAUUGUGAAGAUAAUGAUCAUAAAAAGAAAAAACAUCAAUGGAAAGUUAGAAGUUAUGAAAAUGAUGAUUACGAAACUGAUAAUGAAGAUUAUGAACCAUUUAGAGCUUUCAAACAUCCAUUUUUAAAAAUUAGAAAAAACCAACAUGAUACUUUCUUUAAAUUAAAAAGAACUGUUUUAAAAUCUUUAUAUUCCAAAAAAAUUGUUGAAAUUGUUGCCAAUCAUCAAUUACAAGGUGACUAUCCUGUCCAACCAGAUGCUUUAUUUACCAAAGGUUUUUCAAUUGUUUACAAACAUGGUGACUGGGUUUUAGCUUUAAAUAAAUCAACUAAAUUUUACAAUUCAGCAAUUAAUCCACAAAAAUCAGCUUUCAAAAUUUAUGAUGCUCCAAUUACUAAUGAAUCAAAAGCAAUUGAAUUAGUUAUCAUUGUUGUUGAUGAUGAUAAAACAAGAAAACAUAAAUAUUGA